CUAUCCAGUUCAGUUUGGUUGGACUGUACAAAUCAUAACCGGUUAAUAGAACCGGUUUGCUUUCUACUGAAAGCCACACCAGCUACACACAGCAAAGACAAUCAUGAAGAUUGUACCGUUAUGGAUUGUUUUCUGUGUAGUUUCUGUUAGCACAGUUAAUGGCGGGCGUCGAUUUAAACACCAAAGUCGAGGCAACGACGUUGACGGCAAUGCUGAAUGGGAACUGGACUCCAGAGGCUCGUGUCACACAUCGUCAAUCUCGAUGUCCUGCCUGACGUCAGUGUUGCCGAAAACAACAAAGGGGAGAUAAUCGUGAAUCUUCAGGACCCAUCAGUUGCUUCCGCUUGGAAACCAGGGUGGUAUCUCAUGAGCACUAACGUCCGUCAAAGACAAGGUUUAGAAGUCAAACAGGUUGCCAUUGUCAAGAAAAUACAGAAUGUACAUAUCGUCAGUCCAACAAAAGUCAAAGUCUUAGGCAUUGACGUCAGCGCCCUAGACCUACUUCAGGAAGCACAAGUGUUUUUCAGAUAUCCCCACAUAACCAGUAAACAUGGUCAUCGCCAGAAGAGAUAUGUGUCCAACCUUCUCUCUGACGUUUUGGACAAAAUCAACUUCCAUGCCAGUGAUGGUGACGAGUCCAUCAACUUCAAUGUUGAUCCCAAGACUGGUCAAGCAAGCCAUACGUACAAUGUAUACAAGGAGCAAGGAAGCAAGGUGGUCAAGCUCGAAAAGAUCAGCAAAGGUCAAAAGAGCCUAAUUCCUGGAGAUGCCGACUUUCGCCUUACCUGUAAGAACUGCUAUGAACAGAGACACACUGGGCACACAAUGGAUCUUCAGUUUGAAAGACGAAACAAGACAGCUACAGUCAAGAAGUUCCUAAUGCAGAGUGACGUCAGUACCGACCUCAACGUAGAGUUCGAACUCAGCUUCCAAAAAGCUCUUGGCCUCUCAGAACGAAUUGUCAUGGACAGUACACCUUCGACCAUAUUGCGCUCCAUACCAGUUGCUAAAGUGGACGAGAAGUUACCACCCAUACAACUGGUCAUCUCAUAUUCCAAAACCGUGUUUCUUGAGAUUAACGCAACAUCCAAUGGACCGAUAGACUACAAUGGAAAAUUCCAUAUUAAAGGAAAUUACACCAUGACUUCUACCGAGUCUUCAGGACAGGCCCCAAAAACAGAUUUGACCACAACAUCCUGGUCAUCUUCAGUUCAGUCAUUCUCUGGACAGUCCUCAAAACCUUACAACAUCUCAAUGUCCCUUUAUCAAGAGGUUACUCUGAAAGCUUCGGUCAAGUGGUCCCAACAUGAUGCAUCUAUAGUGUUCGCGCCACCGGAAGUUGUAAGCUUCAAGCCAGUUCUGUACGCCUAUACUACCGAGGAUGAAUACAGUCGGUGUGAAACAGCCACGUUAACAGUUGACGGAACAUUUACCCACGACAAGUCGGAUUUUGUGGCUAAAGCUUUCCAUAAAACCAUAUGGGACCUGGGUUUAAUAGGCACAUCCUCCGUUCAUAAAUCCUUGAUGACAGAAACCCUCUCACACAAUUGCUCCGCAAACUGUGGUGCUCUGGCAGCUGAUGUUCAUGGGAAGGCCAUGGAAGACGUGUGUGGCCCAGCGGGCGACAGGAUUGUCAGAGGAGAUAGCAACUUUCACAAAUUAACGCUGAUUGGAGGCGAUUUCACCCUGUUCCGGUCUGAAGAAAGCGAGAGCGCUACCUGGUGUGGAAAACCCGGUCGAAAAUGUCAUAAAUGUGUGUGGACUGAUAAUGGCGAUAGUAACGUUGACGCCUGUGCAGACAGACUGAUGUCGGCAGCAGCAGCAUCAACACUGACCACUCUCGGCCAUCUUGCUAAGGAGGAAUGGCCAAACAGAAACCUGGUGGUGCUGGAAGCAUGGGAUGAACCAACGUCAAGUCACCCUAACGGAAGUCAUGGCGCUUCUUCACUUCACUAUUCCGGAAGAGCUCUACAGGUGGCGCUGACAACUGAACACCCGAGCAAUACUAAAUCACUGCAGUUGGAAACGUCCACCUCAAUGUUAAAGAGAUUGGCAGAACUUGGUGCUUGUGCUCGGUUCCCAUUCUUUGAUGUCACUUCCGGUCACGUGCAGUUCUGUGUCCAUGAUGAUAUCUUGUCAAAGAGAUCUGCAACGGGGCCGUCAGCAAGCAGUCCGGAGAAGGAGUAUUUUAUGAAAACCAUGAAUAAAAUAGGGUCUAAUUAUUCCGAUAUCAACUGCAUUAUUGACAAUAUCAAAAACAUUCUUCAUGGUGUUGAUUUUAAAGAAGUCAUCAAUCCUCUUUUGCAAGACCGCAAUAUUCAGUACAGGCUAAUUCAAUAUCCUUUUGACGACUUCACAUUUGAUCCAGAGGGAUCUUCAUCAGACAUGUGCUAUCAGUCGACAAGAAGGUGCAAAAGCACAUGUGAGUUGUCUGUCACUAAGGAACCCUGGGAUUGGUGUCAGACAAGGGUCAUGACUCCCAGAAUGGCGAUACGGCUGCGUCGACUGGUCGCCAUCGUCAAACAGCAUUAUCCAGGUGUAAAAUUGAGAGUGACAAAGGAGGUACAUAAUGGCGCUGCUAAACACAAAUCAUUUGAAACAAAUGGCAGGAAACUACAGAUUUCUCCCCCAUCAGGCACUACAAUGUCGAUAUCCACGCUCCGGUCUAUGGCAAACUGUGCAGGCUUUGACUACAUAGACACCGCCGAUUCUUCAUCCAUUGACGUCUAUGUCAAGCUUCAAGACGGUUACCAAGCAACAGUGGUCCCUUUCCAGGAUACGACAUUGUUAGCUGUAGGGGUCGAUGACGAAGACUAUGCUUAUCCCACAGAACUGAAGAAUGAGUUUAGAACAUCGUUACUUUUUGACGGGUUUAAUCCCGACAUACAAAUAUCGGGGCAUUUUAAGGUUUCAGAUUUCAAACACUCAAAGAAGAGGUUCUUCAGGCUUGACCAGUACUUGGCAGACUGUCUGGAGCUUACGGUACAGGAAUUUGGAGAAACCAUCGAAAUCAUCCCCGAUUCAGCCUAUAGGUCCCAUUCCGUCAACAUACGUGACAUUGCUCACAGACAUCCCCAGGAAAAACUGAGGUUCGAAGCUGGACAAGCUGUGUAUGUCGCUCCCAUCAAAGACAAAUCUAAAGAUUCCCUGGUAAAUCUUGGCUACUCAUUUCUGAGGAGCUGCCCACCCAUACUUCGUCUGCAGUCACGUGGCCUUGGCAUCGGUUGUCAUAGUAACAAAAUGUACAUAGACAUUCGCCCGAUGGCAGGUGAUGAGGAUAUUGCCGAUGUGUGGAAUGUUGAUUAUGAGCCUGUGUUUGACAUCAUCCACAGGGCAAUGGAUGAUCUUAAGAGAGGAGGACCAGCAAUACACCCACUGAACGUAAAGAGAACAUGUCAAAAUCCACGAUUUGGAGAACAGUUUGCAUACUACUCGUUCAAUAAGCACUCAUUUGGGUUCUGUCUCCACGACCGAGAGAGCCAGUUCUGCCGUGACACCAAGGAAUACAGACAGCACCAGGCCGACAAACUCCGAGAUGACUUGAUGAAAGUUGCAGGAACCACGAUGACCAGGAGUGCGAUAGAGUCGGAGCUACAGAAGUGUGUUCUGGACAACUGUGGAGGAUGUCCUGGCAAAGGAUCAACGUGGGACAAGAAGGUUGAAGGGUGUCUGGGAAUGGUCCACACGUACCUGACUCUUGCCAACAACCAGUUCAGUAACGUGGUCGACAGAGCUGCCUUCUUCAACACUGAGAAUGCCGAGUCCAGCGUUCACUCUCUAGCGUGUCAUGAUGAUGCCCUGUGCGUUGAAAAGACGCAGCUAUACUCACUCAUAAUGCCUCUGUUGAACUCCAAGUACAAGCCUGACCCCAAACAGAGCAGGGAGGAGUUGUUGUACAGCGGCGACAACAAUCCUUCACCACUGAUAUCUCUGAUAGAGCAAGAGUUUGCAAGACAAGUGUCUGGGGUUGUGAAGGUUUAUAUAGAGUCGGAGACAGACAUGGCUGCCCUGAGAGAUGUUAUAAAGAUCCUGAUGAUCUACAACCGGGACGUGACUGAGGUGGAGUUCCAUCUGACGGACACGGUGGACCAGGACAACGUCAUGUCCGCCCUGCAGAGGAAGCUGGAGUACUGGUCGGGGACGGCCUGUCCCCGGUGGAGUCGGUUUGCUGUGGCUGGGUACAGCGUCCAUGACAUCCACCAUCACAGGAGGAGGAGGAGUCUAGAGAGGAGCAGGAGCAGGAACAAGGUGAAGAAAGCCAUGAAGGAGUGGGAGCUGGACUGGAUCAAGAAGAUGUGAACUGAUGGACUUAUUGUAGACGUGCUGAUGGCUAUGACGUAUUUUAUGCAAAUAAUGAUUUUAUAUGUAUUCCGAGUAUAUCAAAUAUUAGAUUUCCUUUAUUCUAAUAUCCUAGUGCUUCCUAUUUUGACACUGCAGUUAUCUCACCGUGCGAUGGAACAUAUCCUUCUGUGAGUUAUGAGCAUAAACAUUAAUUUGGACUGGAUCCUAUCGUUACUCGGCAUAGUGCGAGGCAAUGCGACCUGUAUAAGUAUACUUCCACACAAAUUAUGUUGUCUGUAAAAAUGAUUUACUUUUUAUGUAGUGCAAAUAAACAGUGGCAUCAACUGUCA